AAGGAGAGAGAGGGAGAGAGGAGAGAGAGAUAGAGAGGAAGGAUGAAGGAGAGAGGAAGGAGAGAGAGAGAGAGGAGGGAGAGGAGAAAGGAGAGCGAUAGAGGAAGGAGAGAAAGGGAGAGGGAGAGGAGAAAGGAGAGAGAGAGAGAGAGGAAGGAGAGAGAGAGGAAGGAGAGAGAAAGGAGAGAGGAGAAAGAGAGGAAGGAGAGAGGAGAAAGAGAGGAAGGAAAGAGGAAGGAGAGAGAGAUGGAGGAUGGAAAGGAGAGAGAGAGAAAGAAAGGUGAGAGGAAGGAGAGAGAGGAGAAAGGAGAGAGAGAGAGCGGAAGGAGAGAGAAAGAGAGAGAGAGAGGAAGGACAGAGAGGAAGGAGAGAGAGUGAGAGUGCACAGGGGGAGUAUAUUCACCGCGUGGCAGGCUGAAAGGACAGUUACUGAAAGAGCGCUCACAAACAUGGACUUAAAAGCAACUGACCAGCAGGAUUUCACUCUGUAGGAAAUGACUGAAUAAGAGCCUUAGAGUCAUUACUCAAGAAGAUACUUGUGUGACAUCAUAGGAAUAUAAGGUGUGAAAAGCAGAACAAUAAGGAGGCUUCGUAUCUCAACAGGAUGACAUCCAGGUACAACUGCUCCUUCGCUGACAGCUGGGACUGCCCACAGGAGGGGAUGUGUGGCAACCUGACCUCUGACCUGAACGGCAGCGCAGGACCGGUAGAUGCAUGCCUGACACAGGAGGAGUACCUAGAGAAGUACCUGGGCCCUCUGCGCUCCUCUGUCUUCCUCCCCGUCUGCCUCACCUACCUGCUCAUCUUCCUGGUGGGAGCGUUUGGUAACUUGCUAACCUGCAUCGUCAUCGCUCGCAACAAGGUUAUGCGCACGCCCACCAACUACUACCUGUUCAGCCUCGCCGUGUCUGACCUGCUGGUGCUGCUGCUGGGCAUGCCACUGGAGCUCUACGAGAUGUGGCAGAACUACCCAUUCCUCCUGGGCAAGGGUGGCUGCUACUUUAAGACUUUCCUGUUUGAGACGGUCUGCUUCGCCUCCAUCCUCAAUGUGACGGCGCUCAGCGUGGAACGCUACAUCGCUGUAGUGCACCCCCUGCGCGCCAAGUACGUGGUGACGCACACACAUGCCAAACGGGUCAUUAUGACAGUGUGGGGGAUCUCAGUGCUAUGUGCCGUGCCCAACACCAGCCUGCACGGCAUCUUUACCCUGCAGUCGGCAGCAGGGGGCACCACCAGGAAGGAAAUCCCAGAGUCAGCCAUCUGUACGCUGGUCAAGCCCCGCUGGAUGUACAACUUGACCAUCCAAGUGACCACCCUGCUUUUCUUCAUGCUUCCCAUGCUGACCAUCAGCGCUCUCUACCUACUCAUCGGCCUGCAGCUCAAACGUGAGAAGAUGCUCCAGGUGAUGGAGGCUGAGACAAGCCUAGGGCGCAACAGCUACUGCAACGUCCGCAGUCAGCAGCAGAAAGCCCGGAGACGCCAGGUCACCAAGAUGCUGUUUGUUCUGGUGGUGGUUUUUGGAAUCUGCUGGGCUCCGUUCCACACCGACAGACUCAUGUGGAGCUUCAUCGACGAGUGGACCAGCAUCCAGCUGGAGGUGUACAAGUACGUCCACGUGGUCUCUGGCGUCUUCUUCUACCUCAGCUCGGCCGUCAACCCGAUCCUCUACAACCUCAUGUCCACCCGCUUCCGAGAGAUGUUCAAGGAAGUGAUGUGUCAUCGGCCACGGCACCCCGUGCCCAGGAAGCAGUCACUCAGUGUUACCCGGGUAACACUCCGCAGCAUUCUCAGUGAGGCCACGCCCAUUAAUGGCAUUGCGGGCCUACAUGAAGACAAGGAGCAUGAGACCACCUUUCCUUGAAUGGACUUCCUAGGAGAGGAGGGAGCUUAAUACACAAAACUGAUCCGAUGGACGAUGAUUCUGGGAUGAUCGAGAUGUAUUGUUAUAAGGGAUUUUAAGGAUCUAAGCAUGUGCUUAUCCAAUCUAUGUUAUUGCACGCUUUGGUCACCAAACCACAGUAGAAUUCUCCUGUCACUAAACUCCCUAAACACAAGAAGAAAAAAAAUAAUUAAAACCUGAUGCUUUGACGUAUUAUUUGAGCAAUGCUAUGAAAAAGAUAUCUCAGGAGAUACAGACAAAUCGAUAUUUCUCAUCUAGAAGACAUUGGUAGAUUCUGCAUCACUGCUUUUGCACUCCUGUUUAGCAGUUCAUGUUCAACAGCACACAAACUUUUGAACAUCCAGUCUCAAGAGAUGGCUAAAAAGCUGAUUUUCCUUACAGCUCAGAUUGAAAACCAGGCAGAGAUGCCCUGUCAAAAGCUCCUUCAAAGAUGAUGUCCGACGUGGUUGUUUGACGAAUGUAUAUAGUUCUCAAAUCACUGAGUGGUUUACAAUGGUGCAAAGGAUUCGCAGUACGUACUGAAUAGAACUUGAGAUGGCAGCUUCAAAUCAAAUUUCAUUUGUCACAUGCGUCUAGUGAAAUGUAACAUCUACACCUGCUUUCUGAGCAUAAUAAUACAUAUCUUGGUAUUAAAAAAGUGAACCUGUACUGGAGUACAGGUUAAAAAACAACAACAAUUGCUUCAAAAUAGAUGUAGCUGCACCGUCAACUGCAUAUUUUCAGAAAUGUAUGUCAUUGCACGAGCCGUUGGAUAUUGCCAGUGAAUUUGGCGCCUCCCUUCAAGAGAGUUUGUCACAUUAUUAACAGAGGUAUCCUGCUGCAGAUUGGCAUUUUGAAAAAGUAGCUUUUAAAUUCCCAGACACUGUAUGUCUCCAUCAACAAUCUGGUGAAUGAUCUCUGAUGAUCUGUUUCACUAAUGUGAAACGUACAAUCAUGACCGCGACUAUGUACAAAAAUAAUGUAUAGAUUCACAGUAGAUAAACACAUAUUUAACAAUUCUAUGUAUUCAUAAAAAAAAUAAAAAAAACACCAGGAACAUUUUAAUCUGAAUCUCUAAUCAAGGACUGAUUUAGACCUGGGACACCAGCUGGGUGCAAUUAAUUAUUAGUAAGUAAGAGUAUAUAGCCUUGCACGAGCCUUGGGUUGUGAGAGCCAGAACGGUUCAUAAUUAUCAGGUAGAACAGAAAACCAGCGGUACUCCACACCUGGCUCGGAUCUAAAUACCACUGGUCUAGACAGAUGAAAACGAUACACUGUCUGGAACCGCCAAAAUGAUGGAGAAUCAUUAGGACGUAAGAGCACUGACAUAAUGCGAAUGGGGAAAGUUCAUCUUUAUAGCCGAGGGCAUUUGGCUUCAGGAAAUAAAGGAACUCGUGCUAAUUCCAAAAUCAAACUGAAUUGUUUUAACUUUUUGUACCAUCAUAAUUAUUUUAUUAUUUUGGCCUUUACAUUUACAUUUUUGGACAUUAAAGUAGACACACUUAUUCAGAGUGACUUAGUCAGUGCAUUGACUUAUGACUUUGAUUUGCCUUUAUCUGAAACUAUUAAUUCCAAGUCAUAACUCUUAAAGGUAUUUUGUUAACGAAGUCCUUUAUCUACUUUCCCAGAGUCAGACGAACUCAUGGAUACAAUGUUUAUGUCUCUGCAUCCAGUAUGAAGGAAGUUAGAGACAGCUUUGCGAGCAAAUGAUAACUAGCGUUAGCACAAUGACAGGAAGUCUAUGGUACAGCAAGCUAGCAGUUACCAUAGACUUCCAGUCAUUGCUCCAAUGCUAGUUAGCAGUUGUGCUAAUGCUAGUUAGCAAUUUCCUUCAAACUGCAUGCAGAGAUAUAAAAAAAAGGUAUCUACAAGUUCAAGACUCUGGAGAAAUAGAUAAAGGGCUUCAUUGCCAAAAUCCUGAAGUAUCCCUUCAAGAGUUUAAGCUUCAGAUGAAUAUGAAUCUUCUUUCCAGUCAAGUCAGUGUGUUGUUGUGAUUCUGGACGGCCAGAUGACAAGAAAGUGGGGACUCGUAGGUAGGUCGUUUCAGCUAGUUUUAUCUUGUUCUUGAUACCAUGUCUUGUUUUGAGUUGUUUUGACUGAUGUCACUUCUAUGCUAACGUUGCAAAAAAAUUGCUAGCUAACUGUAACAGUGUAUUUCAGAGACAACAAGUGCUCAUUGUGCAACUUAAAUAUUGGAGACAAAAUAUAGUUUACACGUUGUCAACAAUCUAAGACAACCCUGUCUGUUUUGCACCAUAGUUGCACACGUGUUGUUUUUGUUACUAAACAAUCAAUAUUUCUAUUAAGGAGUAGACUACUCCACUAAAGGCAUGUAUUUAUUUACCUUUAUUUAACUUAACUUAACUUUAUUUAGUUAAGAACAAAAUCUUAUUUACAAUGACAGCCUGGUUAACAGUGGGUUAACUGCCUUGUUCAGAAAGACAGAUUUUCACAUUGUCAACAGGGGAUUCGAUCUUGCAACCUUUCGGUUACUAGUCCAAGGCUCUAACCACUAGGCUACCUGCCGCCCCUGAAUGUAUACAUUUUUAAAGUUAAGAUGUACAGGAUAGCAAAUAACAAUAUUUAUUUGUAUUUUUUAUUAUCCUUGAAACGGGUAUUGAUUUUCUGAGAGUGUACACUGCCGAAUGGGUGCUUCAACAGAUCUGUGAAAAAAAACUGGCCUUCUGAAGAUGUGCACUGAAGUCCUGUGGGGAAAACAUCAACUCUUCUGAACGCAAUUUCACCAAACAAACCUUUUAUCGAGGUUGGCCUCAUUGAACUGUAAUCCCAGCAGCUGCUAAUUUCCAUCUACUCUUGGAGGUGAUGUGUGAGCCAGGAAUGUGUAAAUCUGUCAGUUCUUCUGCAAGGAGCUGUCGUACCACCUCACGUUCUCAUCCAUCAUCGCCCGAGCGACAACACGUGUGUCAGGCACAGUAAAUGACCGUUUCGCUGCUCUGACAAAACAUAGACUGUACAUGCAAACAGGCAGUUACAGCUAACAAACUGAUUCUUCCCUCUGACCACGCUAUCUGAUUUUGGGGGGGGGGGGGU